AUGAGUGCCGCCAAUCUGACCUCUCCUACCGCUCCUACACCAUCAGUCGCAGCUGUACAGUCAACGUUGGAGGGUAGUCAAACCCAGAAUUUCGAUGCGUCUCCAACGAGUGCUGUGACAACUGCUUCAGACAAGCCAUCGAGCACCAGCGCGCAUGCGAGCGGAUCCAAAUCUGCGCCGAGUGAUGCUGUUGUCACAGGGCUGACACCAGAGCAAGUGUUGCAGGAGCUUAAACGGAGUGGAUAUGUGGAUCAAUUGCGGCGUCGAAUGUACGAUGCUUUCGUCGCCACGACGGUUAGUGGCAAUGGUGUGCCUUCGAGUACGAGUGCCCAGGCUGUCGAUGGUGGUGCGCAGAAGAGCUCGAUUCCACCACCACUCGCUUCUGCUACUGCUUUGGCAUCGUCCGUCUCUGUCUCUGCUGAAGCUCUCGAGUUGAAACCAUCAAAUCUUGUUGCGAAUUCCACGACAGUCCCGCCUCCCAUGCCCAAUAACACUCCAUCAGCCUCAGCUACAACCCCGGAUCUCGACACCAAACCUCGCUUCCUCACUUACCUCUCCACGCUCCUCACCGAACAUAUUGUGCGUGAUCAUAGCAAUCUGCGAAUGUCAGACUCCAGAGGUCAACAAGAUUCGCUCCUCAAACGACUUGAGUCCGACCCUGUCGAUCACGCGCACCGCGAUGCGUUGGGCGAGGCGACGGUGUACGAUUUGUUGGUAAAACACAUCGUUGCUGCAGAUAAGCAAACAGGUGCACUGGCGACGAAAGCGAUGCUGGAUGCGCACAACGGAUGGGUGGGAAAGGAGGUGACAGGCAGGAUCCGAGAGGUGAUCCGAGAAAUGGUACAUCCAAGCGCUAAGGACGGCGGCGAAGAGGAUGAUGAAGAAGAAGACGACGACGAUGACCAAGACGAGAACAAGCCAGAUCAAGACACCGUGACCACUACGGAUGCCGCUAUCGACACAAAGCCUUCCUUCCAUGCAACGACAACACAGCCAACACAAAGCUCUGCAUUGCAACCUCUUCCAUCACCAUCGCAUUCCACCCAUGACACUCAACGAGGCUAA